CGGUCCUCCCGGCGGCCGGCGGCGCUGCGGCGGGAGGGGGGACGUGGCCUGUCGCCGCCCCGCCGGUCGGCAGCUGUCGGGUUGGAGCUGGAGGCGGCCAGAGUCGGGGCGGGCGGAGCAGGAAAGUUCGAGGCCCCGGGGGAGGCCGAGUGAUGCUGGAGGCCGGCCGGCCCGCCCGCCCAGGGGAACAGAGUUCACGGGCGGCGGGCGCCGAGUCCGGGACCGGGCCGAGGCUUCGACCGAGCCUGAGAGAGCGGAGCGCGGGAAACAUGGAGCCGGGCCGGAGUGCGGUAUUGGUCAUGCUCCCCGUCCUGCUGCUGCUGAGCCCUCCAGUCAGAGCCGAGGACCCCCGCGCCGCCGAGGACCCCCGCGCCACCGAGGUCUGGUCAGAUUUCUGGCUGCUGCGUUUCGUCAUUAACCUGGCGGGUUACGGCACCAUCCUCCUGCCCGGGUACCUGCUCGUACAGUACUUCAAACGCACCAACUACCUGGAGAGAGGUCGAGGCUUCUGUUUCCCGGUUAUAAGCACCUGUGUGUUCGGCAACGAGGUGAAGACGGGGUUACAGGAGGAACAUCCCCCGGCUCCCCGAACCGAGACAACGGAAUCCUCUCCCACCAAACAGACGCUGAAGUUGCUGGCCUGUGCUCUGGGACUACAGGUGUCCUACCUGACGUGGGGUGUGCUGCAGGAGCGCGUGAUGACCCGCACCUACGGGAAGACGGACACUGACCCCGGGGUGAAGUUCCACGACUCCCAGUUCCUGGUCUUCAUGAACCGUAUCCUGGCGGUGACAGUGGCUGCCCUGUGCUGCGCCCUGACCAAGCAGCCCCGCCACGGCGCGCCCAUGUACAAGUACUCCUUUGCCUCGCUCUCCAACAUCCUGAGCAGCUGGUGCCAGUACGAGGCCCUCAAAUUCAUCAGCUUCCCCACCCAGGUGCUGGCCAAGGCCUCCAAGGUCAUCCCGGUCAUGCUGAUGGGGAAGCUGGUGUCCCGCAAGAGCUACGAAUACUGGGAGUACCUGACGGCCGUUCUCAUCUCGGCUGGUGUCAGCAUGUUCCUGCUGUCCAGCAGCCAGGACAAGCGCCCAUCCACUGUCACCACCUUCUCUGGGGUGGUCAUCCUCGCUGGCUACAUCCUCUUCGACAGCUUCACCUCCAACUGGCAGGACGCCCUCUUCGCCUACAAGAUGUCCCCGGUGCAGAUGAUGUUCGGGGUGAACCUUUUCUCCUGCCUGUUCACGGUGGGCUCCCUGCUGGAGCAGGGGGCCUUCUUCCAGUCGCUGGCCUUCAUGUCACAGCACGUGGAGUUCGGUGUGCACGCUGCCCUGCUCUCCAUCUGCUCCGCCUGCGGGCAGCUCUUCAUCUUCUACACCAUCCGGCAGUUCGGGGCGGCCGCGUUCACCAUCAUCAUGACCCUGCGCCAGGCCCUGGCCAUCCUGCUCUCCUGCCUCCUGUACGGCCACUCCGUCAGCCUGAUGGGGGGCCUGGGCAUCCUCACCGUCUUCCUCGCCCUCUUCCUCCGCGUCUACGCCCGCAGCCGCCUCAAGGCCAAGAAGAGGCCGGCGCAGGGGGCUCCCACCGUGCAGAGGGUGUAGCUGGGGCAGUGGGGGACAGGGCCCAGGGGUGGGGUGUCCCCAAGGUACAGAGCCCAGGGGUGGGGUGUCCCUGGGGUGCAGGGCCCGGUGGGGAGAAGCCAUGGGGUACAGGGUCCAUCCCACCCCACACACAGGUCUCAGACCCCCACCGUGUGGGACUGGAGGGUGUGCACAGUCCGGGUCCAGCGCACAGUGUGGGUGUGUGUGUAAGUCUGUGUGUGUCUGUGUUUGGUGGGGGUGUGUGUGUGUUUGUGUAUACAAGUGGGGCGUGUGUAUUGUCUGUGUGUGUAAUGUAUAUAAGCAGAGGCUGGUUGUUCCUAUAGGUGUGUGUGUGUCUGUACAGGCGGUUGUGUGUACGGCUUUCCUGUGUGACUACAGUGUACAUGGCUGGGUGUGGAUGUGUGCGCUCUGUACGUGGGCGGUGUAUGCGAGGACAGGCCGCGUGUCUAUGCGUCGGGUGUUGGCGCUCUGGCGCUGCCUGUGUACAGCAAGGAGUGGCGUCUGUGUGGGUUCUGCAUGUACACCGUCCAGGCCCUUCCUGGGACUAUCCUCACCCUGGGCCUGUGUCUGAUGCUCUCCUGUAUCCCCUCCCCCCUCCCCUCCCCGACACAACCUGCUUCUCACUCCGUCUGAAAGGCCAGGCUCGUUCCGCGGGCUUGGCCCGGUGCACAGUCCCGUGCACAGUACUCCGUGUAGUUUUACUGCGGCGCUCUGGAGCCUGUUUUAUAUACGGACUGUCCCUCGGAACAUGCAGCGGCCGUGCGUGGUCGUUGUACACGAUGGCUGUCAUUUCAGGGGGUGUGGGUGAUGGACACUGAACCUCUGCGGUUGGAAGUGGCCCCCGUCUCCCCCGCCGUGUGGGCGGCUGUGGGGCUCCCGUGUGACUCGGGUAUCCGUCUGCAGAGGUGAGGAGUUGAUUAUCACUAAUAAAAUAUUUUGGGUGA